CCCGCGCCGAGGGAGGGGGGCUGAACCCGGAAGUGGGCCGGCGCCGGAGAGAGCGCGCCCGGAGUGGAGCUCAGCGGCCGCGAGCCAGCGGGGGAGCCCUGGGUUCCCGCCAUGAAACCCUGGGGCACGCCCCUCCAGAAGCUGUUAACCAAGACAAUCUAGUGUUUUGUUUGUUUUUUCCUUGAUACACCCCUUAAGGCACUUAUGAAGUUUCCUGUUCUGAAGCUGCUGUACUGCAAUGAAGAAAAGGAGAAAGGUUGCUUCCAGUCUUGACGAGAAGAUCCACCUGGGCUAUCACAAAGAUUCUUCGGGAGGACAUGUGGCAGGGGCGUGCGACCCGCUAACCUACACCCAUUGCACCGAGAGACCGGCUGCCGCCGAAGCUCUGCACCGUUACCAGGACCUUCCCCCGUCCCCAGAUCAGAGGAAGCUUUUGAGCUCUCUGCAGUACAAUAAGAAUUUGCUCAAGUAUUUAAAUGAUGAUAGGCAGAAGCAGCCGUCUUUCUGUGACUUACUUAUCAUAGUCGAAGGGAAGGAAUUCAGCGCACAUAAGGUGGUUGUCGCCGUUGGGAGCAGCUAUUUCCACGCAUGUUUGAGCAAAAACCCAAGCACGGAUGUGGUCACUCUGGACCACGUGACACACUCGGUUUUUCAGCACUUGCUCGAAUUUCUUUACACAUCGGAAUUUUUUGUGUACAAGUAUGAAAUACCUCUUGUUUUAGAGGCAGCAAAAUUCCUGGACAUUAUCGACGCCGUGAAGUUGCUCAACAACGAGAGCGUUGCGCCGUUCCAGUCUGAGCUAGCCGAAAAGUCAUCGCCUGGAGAAACCCUAAGCGAGCUGACCGCAAGACUAUCCACUGAUCAUCAGUGUAAAUUCUGCAGCAGACACUUUUGUUAUAAGAAGUCCUUAGAGAAUCAUUUGGCUAAAACCCAUAGGUCCCUUUUGUUAGGGAAACAACAUGGGUUAAAGAUGCUGGAGAGAAGUUUUUCCGCCAGGAGAUCCAAGAGGAACCGCAAGUGCCCCGUGAAGUUCGACGACAGCAGUGACGAGGAGGAGCAAGACAGUGCCGACGGGUCCGACACUUUGAAUCCGGAAAAUUUCGACCAGGAGAAGUCGGACAGAAACGAUUCUGAGGAUGCCGGCAGUGACUAUAACGCCGAGGAGGAUGAGCUAGAGGAGGACAUGUCGGAGGAGGACUCGGACUCGGAGGAGCAAAGCGAGAAAGAGCCGAACGACGCGGACGAGGAGCCGGAGGUCGGGGCAGCGGGGGCGAGCGUGCGCGAGGGCCUAAGGCCCGUGGUCCUGCAGCGCAGCAGCAAAAAGAUCCUGCAGUGCCCGAAGUGCGACAAAACCUUUGACCGCAUAGGGAAAUAUGAGAGCCACACACGUGUUCACACAGGUGAGAAGCCCUUUGAGUGUGAUAUUUGUCGCCAGCGCUAUUCGACAAAGUCUAACCUAACUGUUCACAGAAAGAAGCACAGUAAUGAAACAGACUUUCAUAAGAAGGAGCACAAGUGCCCUUAUUGUAAUAAACUUCACGCAAGCAAGAAGACCUUAGCCAAGCAUGUUAAGAGAUUUCAUCCUGAAAAUGCACAAGAAUUUAUUUCCAUUAAGAAGACUAAGAGUGAAAGUUGGAAAUGUGAUAUUUGCAAGAAGUCCUUCACGCGGAGACCCCACUUGGAGGAGCACAUGAUUCUGCACUCGCAAGACAAGCCGUUCAAGUGCACCUACUGCGAAGAGCAUUUCAAGUCACGGUUCGCGCGGCUCAAGCACCAGGAAAAGUUCCACCUGGGUCCUUUCCCGUGCGACAUAUGCGGGCGCCAGUUCAAUGACACCGGGAAUUUGAAACGCCACAUAGAAUGUACCCACGGCGGCAAGAGAAAGUGGACUUGCUUCAUCUGUGGGAAGUCAGUGCGGGAGAGAACCACUCUGAAGGAGCAUCUGAGGAUCCACAGUGGAGAGAAGCCUCAUCUCUGUAGCAUUUGUGGGCAAAGUUUUCGUCAUGGAAGCUCGUACAGGCUGCACCUCCGGGUCCAUCACGAUGACAAGCGGUACGAGUGUGACGAGUGUGGGAAGACCUUCAUCCGUCACGACCACCUCACGAAGCACAAGAAGAUCCACUCAGGUGAAAAGGCGCACCAGUGUGAAGAGUGCGGGAAGUGCUUUGGCCGCAGGGACCACCUCACCGUGCACUACAAGAGCGUGCACCUGGGAGAGAAGGUGUGGCAGAAAUACAAAGCAACCUUUCAUCAAUGUGAUGUUUGUAAGAAGAUUUUUAAAGGCAAGUCCAGUCUGGAAAUGCAUUUUCGGACACAUUCAGGUGAAAAACCGUACAAGUGUCAAAUUUGCAAUCAGUCUUUUAGAAUUAAGAAAACCUUGACGAAGCACUUGGUCAUUCACUCGGACGCCCGGCCCUUCACCUGCCAGCACUGCACCGCCACCUUCAAGCGGAAGGACAAGCUGAAGUACCACACGGACCACGUGCACGGCAUCAAGGCUGCGGACGAGCCCCUGGGCGCCGAGGACAAGCUCGGGUCCCCGCCGGCCGAGUGCCCGGUGGACAACAAGCUCUUCCGAGCGGAGGCGAAGCCCUACCCGGACGGGCCCAAAGGGUACCCGGCGGAGGCCAAGGCGAUGCUGCCGCAUGUGCCCGCGGAGGUGUGCGUGCCGGUGACGCUGGUGCCCGUGCAGAUGCCCGAGCCCCCGGGGGACCUGGGGCGGCACGCCGCCACCCUGCCGGCGCCCGCGCACGACCUCAUGUCGCCGUCGCCACAGCCACAGCCCGCAGACUUCCCGCGGGCAGCCGACCUAGCUUUCCUGGAAAAGUACACGCUGACGCCGCAGCCCGCCACCCUGGUUCACCCCGUGCGCCCCGAGCAGAUGCUGGACCCCAGGGAGCAGUCCUACCUGGGGACGCUGCUGGGGCUCGACAGCGCGCCCGCCGUCCAGAGCCUCCCCAGCGAGGAGCACCGCCCGUGAGGCCGCUCGG